ACCACAUUUAAACAUGGCCACUUAUCGGUCAUGGAAACUGAAGCGUUUUGCACGAUAUACACCAGGAGCUAAAGACAAAACAACAAUCCCAUGGAAGGUUUAUGAGAGUGGCAAGAAAAAGUCACCAGUUUUUCUGACGAUUUUGGACACUGGAUACUUGCUUGUAAUGCAGGGACAAGAGAGCCUGGAUACUGUGCAUCUGGUCGGUAGUGGGGACCAUAUCAAAGUUCACCAAAAAUCUGAUAAUCUCCUGUUUCGUUUUACUUUAAAUGGGGAGAGUCGCAUGACCAGACUACAAUUUGAGGCCAAAAGGAAGGAAGAUGCCUUAAAGGAGGCUGCAAAUGCGUUGAAGAAAGUAAUGGAGUACUUGCCUGUCACCAGUCUGGAGGAUGCCCCACAGCCACCUAAUCAAACCCAUACUGAGCCCUUAAUACAAGUUCCACAGAGUGCUGAUGAUGUGGGGAGCAAGCAAGAGGCGAUCCAGGGAUUACUGCCCAUAAAGAAGCUUGCACAGUAUUACUUGGGAGACAUUAAUUUAACUCUGCCGAAGAUGUAUCACCACUGUGAUUUGGCACAAGGUGAUUUGGAGCCCAUUCUGCGUGUAUUUCUGCUGGAUCCUAGCUGCCAUGCUUUUGUGGAGAAGGUGGAGGGAGAGCUGAAGACAUUGUUGCAAGAGUGA